CUUCGACAAACAAACCGUUCCCAGCAACUCAAAGCACCUAAAAUUAGCCUCAGUCUCUUCACGAUUGGCGCCUCAUGUUUUCGCUGCCAGUUCGGGGUUUAAUGUCGUGCGGUUGGGCUUCUUGACGAUGAAGAGUCAUGCAUCCAGGGUCAAUAGCAGUCAUGCGCUGUCGGGCUUGGGGUGACGACACUGCCAUGCCAGGUCAAAAGCAGACGACAUACUCAUGAUACCCUCUGGGCAACUCACAACCCAAGCUGAAUCCUUAUCGGGUAUUUUUCCACUCUCGGCUAACCAGUCAUGGCUCCAGCGUAUAGCGAUGAUGAGUACGAUGAGUCCUCAAGCGUCGGCGAUGAGCGAGAGGAUGCCAUCAAUGAGAUUGUCGCUGACGUUGUCGAUGAGUUUCUCAGGGAGUUCAGUCGCCAUCUUGGUAUUUCGCAGCCCGAAAGUUCGCCCCAUACCCCGCUGUCCGAAGUCCACGUGCCAGCGAUCAAGGUACCAGAGACGGAAGAGGACUAUCGAAGAUAUGUCUGGAGGUUCAUCGAAAAUAACCUAAAGUCCUAUUAUCAGCCAGGGGACCCAUACGUGGAGGAAUUGGUGAAAAUUGCUGCUACUCGUGCCAAGGACCUCACCCAAAAGUAUGAGUUGGAGCCUGAGGUCACGCCAAGGUUGGCCAUCAUGGCCUUGUAUGACUUUGUGAUACUCUGUGAUGAUAGCAGUUCAAUGAGGAAAGACAGGCGUAUCCGCAUUCAGGCGCUCGAAGAUACCUGUGAACGUGUUGCUGAGUUCGGUAGCUCUAUUCAGCCACAUGGCGUGUAUCUGCGCUUCCUAAACAAUUCCCAAGACCAGCACUACAACGAAUUAACCGAUAAGGAGGUCAAGGUCAAAAUGAAGGAUAUCAAGUAUUCUGGAUCAACUCGACUGGGGACUGUGCUCGGGUCCAAGAUUGUCAACCCUCUCAUCAUCGAUAAAGUCCAGUCGGGCCAGCUUGAGAAGCCUGUUAUCACGGUCAUCAUAACUGAUGGGGAUCCACAAGGAGAAGCUCCAACCUGUCUUGAGAAGACUGUUUUGGAUUGCAAGAGAAGAUUGAGCGAACUCUCCAAAGAACCAGAGGGUGCUGUGUUUCUCAUCUCACGAGUUGGCAACGACCCCAAUGCGGUGGCAUUUCUGAGCAGCCUUAGGAUGAAUAAGGAUCUACAGGAGACAUUGUACUGCUGUCCAGAUCAGCUGGAUGAUCGGCGGGAGGUGUUCCGCAAAGCUGGCAAUAGUCGACUGUAUUCUUCUUAUUUGAUCAAGUUAUUUGAGGCUGCGCUGGAAAGUCAGACAGACAUAUAGUCUAUGAAUGCAUCUUAGAAGCCAUGGUCACUUCUUUUUUGUAUGUGAGUAAGCCUUGUUUGGCUAGUUUGCAAGUCAAUCGAGCAAUUUGUUUCACCACGCGGGAUUUAUCUCGGGAACAAUCCUUGUCAACUCAAAAGCCAAAGACUCAGGAACACCAAUAGACUGGAGCGAGGUACAUGACUGUGCAAGACAUAUCAUACCACUAAUGCUGUGCUUCUCCUGCAGCCUACUCAGGAGCUAAGGCAGGAUGCUGCAGACGAAUGCAGCAGCGACAUUAUUGCGAGGCCCGUGCCAGGGCUCAGAACCACCGUUGCCAGAUCCAUCCUAGCGGGAAUUUACAUUUCACCUGGUGACACUACCCCAUUUCAUGGAUCUUUCUACCUCGACUGACAAUUGUCUUGCCAGUUGGCGAAGGGGUAACAGGCACUUGUUCAUAUAUACGACGCACGUAAAUAGAGGACUAAAUGACUUUAUAGCACGAACGAGCUUAU